UGCCCCCGGAAGAGAACGGUCACGUGUUUGUGGGUCAUAUCAACAAUAUUAUCUUCACGGAGAUACACGUGUAGUCUGAGGUACUUAUAUGAUUAAAAUAGGGAAUAUCUUUAAUCCUGUACGAUUUACUUGUGCCGGUUUAUGUUGUUGUACAGUGAAAAGAAGGCUAGCCUGCUAAAGCUAACGCUGUCUUAGCUUACAAACAGAUACCCGACGUUUAACUUGUAGAAAUGAAAGGCAAGUGGAAGCAGAAUAGCAAAAAGAAGAAGGGCAAUGUGGUGUUGCAGAAGUACAUGGUGGCAGUGGAUGAUUUUGUUAAAAGCAAAAGUGGCCCAGAGGAAACAGAGAGCGACCAUGGGUUGAGAUUUGUUAAGAAGAAAAGCAGAAAGGAGCUACGCAAAGAAAAGCGCAAAAUGAAAAAAGCCAAAAUGAAGAGUCAUUAUGAGGGCAAAAAGACUGUCACCAUACCACCUGGUGACGGGGAAAACUCUGAAAAACAACCAGAGGUGCAGAAGAAGACGCAGAAGAAGCAGAAGAUGGAUAAGUCAAAGAACGAGGUGUCAAAAACACAGUCAGCCAAUUCUGCUAAUGCUUCUACAGAGAACAUUAAAAAACCUCAGACUUCCAAGAAAGUUAACAAGCUUAAAGAAUCAAGAAAAAUGGCACUUUUGGAAGCAAAUGAACAAGAGGACAGAGAAAUAAAGAAGCUGGAGCGAUGCCUCGGAUUGAACAAGAGGAAAAACAAGAAAACUCUCCCACAGUCUUUUGUGGCUGACGGACUUGAUUACAUCCUGGGCAUGCUUGACUCUGGAUCAUCAGCUGUGGGGAUGUAUGAUGAUGAUGACGACAUGGACAUCGCCAAAGACAACUUUGAGAAACUUGACGAGAACGACUCUGAGCUGUCAGGUGAGGACAAAGAAGAUGAGGAUGAGAUGAUGAGUGAAGGCAGCGAGGAUGACAAUGAAAAUGAGGUUGAUGAUGACGAAGAGGAUGAUAGGAGUGUUGAUGAAGAUGAAAUGGAUGAAGAGGAGGAAGGAGAGGAGGAGGAACUGGAUGAUGAGGAGGAAGUGGACGAUGAAGAGGAUAAGCUGAAUGAGGGUGAUGCAGCUGACUCAGAGGACGAAAAUGAAGAGGAAGCAGAUGAUCCUGACAUAAAAACAUCAGGCUCAAAGUCAGAAGCUGUCACCUCUACAACUGGCAAGUAUGUUCCGCCUCAUCUGCGAAACAUUGGAGAUGACAAGCGCAAAGCUGAGCUGGAAAAGCUGAAAAGGAAUGUGAAAGGCCUGUUGAACAGGUUAAGUGAGCCCAACAUGGCGUCCAUCUGUGGUCAGCUGGAGGAGCUGUACAUGGGCUGCAGCAGGAAGGACAUGAACGACACCUUGACAGAGGUGCUGCUAGCAGCCUGCGUCACCCCGACUCUGAUGCCGGACAGACUACUGAUGGAGCACGUCCUGCUGGUCAGCGUCCUCCAUCAUGCUGUGGGGCUGGAGGUCGGAGCCCAUUUUCUGGAGACGGUCGUGCGAAAGUUUGACGACUUGUACAAGAAGCCAAGUGAAAGCAAAGAGAGCGACAACCUGAUCGCCAUUGUUGCUCACCUCUACAACUUCCAAGUGGUACAUUGCGCCCUCAUUUUUGACAUCCUAAAACUGCUGGUGAGAACAUUCACCGAGAAGGACAUUGAACUAGUUCUGUUUGUACUGAGGAAUGUCGGCUUCGCCCUGAGGAAGGAUGACGCUCUGGCUCUCAAGGAGCUCAUCUCUGAAGCCCAACGCAAGGCCAGCGACAUGGGCUCCAAGUUUAAGGAUCAGACCAGGGUACGUUUCAUGCUAGAAACUAUGCUGGCUUUAAAAAACAAUGAUAUGAGGAAGAUCCCCGGCUAUGAUCCUGAGCCUGUGGAGAGACUGAGGAAGUUGCAGAGGACUCUGAUCCACCGGAGUGCAGGGGGCAGCGACAUGAAACUGAGGGUCUCUCUGGAUAAUCUCCUGGCAGCAGAGCAGGUGGGCCGCUGGUGGAUCGUCGGCUCAUCAUGGAGCGGAGCGCCAAUGAUCAGCAAGCAAGACGACACAACCACAAAACACAGUACUGCUGAAGGACAGUUUAGUGCUAAAGUUUUAGACCUGGCGAGGAAACAGAGGAUGAACACUGAUGUCAGAAGAAACAUCUUCUGUGUGAUAAUGACCAGUGAAGAUUACCUGGACGCAUUUGAAAAACUGUUGAGGAUGGGUCUGAAGGACAAGCAGGAGAGAGAGAUUGUUCACGUUCUGAUGGACUGCUGUCUGCAAGAGAAAACCUUCAACGCCUUCUAUGCUGUUCUGGGAGAGAAAUUCUGCUCCCAUGAUCGCCGCUUUCAGGUGACUUUCCAGUUCAGCCUAUGGGACAAGUUCAGGGAGCUGUCCAACCUUUCCAGCAGCACCUUUAACAAUCUGGUCCAGCUUGUCUCCCGCUUCGUUCAGACAAAGUGCCUCUCACUCUCCAUUCUCAAAGUAAUAGAGUUUGGGGAGCUAGAUAAACCCACAGUGCGCUUCUUGCGUCAGCUGCUAACCAAACUGCUUAAAGAAACUGAACCCGAGGAGCUAGCCGUCAUAUUUGGAAGGAUUUCAGGAAUUCCCAAGCUAGGAAUGCUGCGGGAGGGCUUGAAGCUUUUCAUCAGCCACUUCCUCCUGAAGAAUGCCCAGUCGCAGGGACCAGCUGAGCAAGCAGCAGUGCUGUCAGAGCGCGCUCAGGUCGCCACCAAAGCCAUGGAGGCCAAAGAGGCCAAGCUCAAACUGUAAAACGCACACACACACGCACGCACGCACACACACACACACACACAGUAUAACACCUACUGUGGAACAAGAAAGUGGAACAGAAGGAGGCUUGUUUGUGCAAAAUGCUCCUAGUACAAAAACACAAACAUACAGUUUACUUAAAGAAGAAAUGAAUAUGUUUUUAAUAUUAAAUUGACAACUUUGACUUGGGAUAGCCUCUUGAAUUUUUAAAUUCUGGGUGAAACUGUCUUAGCACUAUGUACAGUAUUUUAAUGCAGUGCAUACUGGUUCAACUUUACUAUUUUGCAAUUAAUAAUAACACAUUUUACUUCUGUUUCAUGAUUGUUUGAUAGCAAUGUUACAAUAGUUGUACUUUUUCAAGCACUAGACUACACUGUCCUUCCUGGUGCUUGUAUAUUUGUUAAAAACACGGUUGAACAAGUAUUGUAACUUGCCAGACUAACAUCAGCGUUCAUGUCAAUAAAACUGCAAUAAAUUACAAA